AUGGACAGGGACAGGGUGAUUGAAGGGUGGGAGUUCAUAGUGAACGCAACGGCAGAGAGAGUAGUGGGAAAGAAGGUGGAACGACGUGGGGGAACGUCCAAGGUCUUCAAGCAGUACCUGAGUGAGGCGUCUGAGGAGAGUUGGGAACAGUACAGGGCCAAAAGAAAACAGGUGAAGGGACUAGUGAAAAACAAGGAAAAGUGCAUUUGGGACGAAGGAGUGCAGAAGGCCAACGGAGGCCUGGAGGGGAACGUCAAGCAGAUGUGGGAAGGGAUUAGUGGAAUGGUAAAAAAGACCGCGCAAGGGGGGGAUACAGGGGUCGCAACUUUGCGAGGUGUGAACGGUGGAUUAGUCAGCAGUGGGAAGGGAAAAAGGGAAGUUCUAGCAGGACACUACAAGAGACUUGGAGUGCCCUCGGAGAAUGAAGCUUUUGACCAAGCGUUUAAGAAGGAGGUGGACGCAUGGGCCCAAAAAGAAGAAGAGACAUCGAAGGCAGACGUUGGGAACGUAGAACUAGAAAAGGAGUUCACUGAGGACGAGGUUGAGGCGUGUGUGAACAAGCUGAAGUGCCACAAAGCAGCAGGAGCGGAUGGGAUAGUCAACGAGUUCAUAAAGGAAGUAGUGGUUGUGAACUUGUUUCAGAAAGGAGACAAGACUGACCCAGGAAACUACAGGGGGAUCACACUGUUGAACACAGGAGGAAAAGUGUUCUGUAAGCUGCUGAACGAUAGGAUAGUGGGAGUAUUGGAGAAGGAACACAGCAUAAGUGAGGGCCAGGCAGGUUCGCGAAAGAAGAGGGGGUGCGUGGAUCACGUGUUCACGGUAGGGAGAAUCAUCCAAGGUAGAAAGAGGGCGGGAAAGCCGACGUACUGCUUCUUCCUGGACGUGAAAAAGGCAUACGACACCAUCUAUAGGAGAAACGGACUGUGGAAACAACUGUCCAAGUACGGGAUCAAGGGGAAAAUGUGGAGAGUGCUGAAGAAGAGAACAGAGUGCACGAAAAGCGCGGUCAUGCUAGACGGAGAACUGUCAAAAUUCUUCGACAUUGAGCAGGGGGUCCCACAAGGUUGCACGCUGUCCCCAACAUUGUUCCAGGUGUUCAUCAACGAUCUGUUGGAAGUCGUAGAGGCAGUCCGGAAGGGAGUAAAAGUAGGGGACACGGAAACGUCGGUUUCAGGAAUGCUGUUUGCGGAUGAUUUUGUCGGUAUGUCGGACACCCCUGAGGGACUGCAACUGCAAAUUGACGCGGCGAAGAAGUUUACUGAAAAGCCGAGAUUGUC